GCACCGUUGCUCUGCACGUUCAUGAAGGAGUUCCAUGAAAUCAGAAAUUCGUACGUGAAUUUCACGUAAUGAAAUGCUAUGUAGUUGCAUCAUAGAGUCACAAGAAAAAGCAGUACGGAAGUAUAUAAAAUUUUUUAACCAUUUGUGGAUUUUACACAUUGUUCGGACUAUAAAGCUGAAUAAUGAAUCCUCCUGCAUGGGCAAACAAUAAAUCAAUAGAUAUUCCAGAAGAGGCUAUUAGACAGUCAUUGGAAUCUCAAGAAUCAUUUGAUAGUCAGGGCUUUUCACUAUCAAAACAGUCGCCAUUUCUUUUAGUAGGUUUAGCAGGUCUUGUUGCUGUAUGUGGAAUAGGUGCCUUUAAAUGGAAGACAAUGAAGAAGACAAUGAGCCCUUCUAUGUAUCUUAUGCAACUUAGAGUUACAGCUCAGAGUACAGUAUUAGGCUGUUUAGCUUUGGGAAUGAUUUACCAUAUGUAUCAAGAUUUUGUAUUGAAGAAGAAAUGA